CUUUCAAAUGACAACUCUCAGGACUGCUAUGACUGCACUAAGGGACAGAUAUCAUUGGCUUAGCAUGGUUUUGCUGCUGGUAUUAGCCAUAAGCAAGAUGGAUAUGGUAGCACCCCAGUUCGUCGGCUCAUAUUCCAUACCCAAUCAGAUUGCGUCCCCUGGCGUCGCUCACAGCUACUAUCCGCCCGCUACUCUGCAUUAUGUCAACAUCGGCAGUCAGCUGGCUGGUGAUUACAGAUUCGGUUACGACACGGGAAAAGGACCCAUGGGACAAAGUUUCAGAGAAGAGAUUAGACUGGCGGAUGGGACAGUCAAAGGCACAUACGGAAUGGUCGACGAGCAAGGUCACAGACGUGUUGUUCAUUACACUGCAGGAAAAGGGGGCUUCAUCGCGGAAGAAGAAAAAAACUCAGCAGGGGCGGCCACAGCAACAUCUCAGCCCAGAUUUCUGAUGCAGCAAGUAUUCAACUCCGUUCCUCAACGACUAACUGCUACGAUGGCACCUGUCAUCAAGCCAACCAACUACCUCCAGGCCAAAGCCGCCAUUGGUGCUUACGCAACACCAUCACUGCUCCAAAAAAAUCCUACGGAAGCAAAAGCAACCCAAACGCCGCAACAAGGUGGUGCCACGGCCGCCGAAUCAGAAACUUACAAACUUCGUAGACAGAAGAAGACAGGCGUCAAAUUCCAACUGGCUCAAAAGAAGAAAAUUAGCGAAGAAGUGAUUUACGAUCCCAAAGUGGAAGAUGAGUACUACGAUAAUGCACCAGCCUUCGUAGACAUAGAAAGACUAUCGUACAGUAUCGGUACUGACAGAAAUCCAUCUCCAUAAGAACUGCUAGGCAGGAACCCUCAAUGAAUAAUAUUUCACGUAUAUGUGCUUUAAGUUGUUACUGAAAAACGCUGCUGUAAAUAAUAUGAUGUGUAAUAAAAUUGUGAUAAUCCUGA